AUGUUGCUUUGGCUGUUAGCCUUCGUUUUUUCGAUCAAUGCCGAGCCGAAACCGCAAGGUGGUAUCUCCGGGCAUCUGAUGAACAUUCUGCAGAACAUUCACUCGAACUCGAAGCAGCACAUCAAGAUCGAGAUCGACACCGAGAACACGAAAGAUAUCCAUACAGAGAUCACCUAUCUCGACUUCACAAACCUGCCCGCCAGUCUUGCUGCUUUAAAGUCAGCGAAACGCUUUGUGAAGAAACAAGAAAAUACGAGAAAACGAAGAGAUGAUGAAGAGGAAAGCAGUGAUGAUGAGCUUCCCGAAUCUUUCGAUUGGAGAGACAAAGAUGUGGUGCCAGAGGUGAAGAAUCAAGGAAGCUGUGGCAGCUGUUGGGCGUUCGCCACCGCCGCUUGCAUGGAGAUUCAGUAUGCUCGUGAGAACAACGAGAUCAUCGAUUUAUCUGAACAGCAAAUGACUUGCGUCUAUCCGAACAAAAAAACGAUCUGCAAGGGCGGCUUUCCAAGCGUCGCUUUCAACCACUAUAUGGACGAUGGUAUCGGGCUGGAGUCCGACUCGCCAUACGAUCCAAGUGGUGACCUCCGCUGUUACUCGUUUAAACAGCGACUAUCAGUCUCGUCAGUCACCGAUCUUUUACCCUUUGAUAUGGACACUGUGAAGAGAGCGAUUGUCAAUGAUGGUCCCAUUGCUGUCGGAAUGUACAUAAAUUGGAACUUCAUGUACUACGAUGGAGGGACUUUCGACACAAGCUGCGAGGAUUUGUCUGGAUUGGGAGGACAUGCGAUGGUCAUAACGGGAUACGGAGUGGAGGACGAUUAUCCGUAUUGGAUCGUGCGGAACUCGUGGGGCACAAGCUGGGGAGAAGAGGGCUAUGCUAGGAUAUGGGCCGGUCAGGAUCUUUGCUCGGUCGAGUCUUACUUCAUGGAUCAAGCUCAAAUCUACAAUGAAGGAGUUGAUAUGAGC